ACACGCGCAUGCAGCAGCUGGGAUGACUUCCCGUUACUAGCUUAACCGGUGUAGUUUUAAUUUCAACAUAAAGCUAUCUUUUUUAAAUUUAAAACCAUGUCAGACGAGUUAAAAAUAAACUCCCAGUUCGCUCAGAAAUAUGAGAAAUACCGACAGAAAGAGGAACUGCAGAGACUGAAGGACAGAUACGGAGACAGAGGCGAUGACAGCGAGUCCUCUGAGUCCAGCUCUGAUGACAGUGAAGUGGAGCUGGACCCUGAAACCGAGAGGGAUUUUUACAGAACAUUGUCUCUGCUGAAGAAGAAAGACCCCAAAAUCUAUCAGACAGAUGCCAAGUUCUACUCACAAGGUGCAUCAACCAGCAAUGAGAAACCUUCAACUUCAAAGAAGGCAAUAAAGCCCAUGUUUCUGAAGGACUAUGAGCGUAAAGUCAUUCUGGAGAAGGAGGGCAAAUAUGAGGAUGACGACGACAGUGAUGACGAGGAGGCUGCCAGAAGAAUGGAGAGAGCGGCGUCUCCGAGCUACAUUCAGGAGCAGCGGGAGCUGAAGGAAAGCUUCCGUAAGUUCGUCCAGGACAGCGAAGAUGACGAGGACGAGGACGGUGAGGGGGACGGGGUGUCGGAGCUGCUGACCAGAAGGGUGAAGACACAGGAAGAGAAGGAUAAAGAGGAGGCCGACUACGUGGAGUGGCUGAAAGGACAGACCGACCUCGAGGGACCGGAGGACGUGAAGGACAUGAAAUACUUGCGGGAUUACUGGAACGACCCGGAGCUGGAUGAGAAGGAGCGUUUCCUGAGAGACUUCCUCCUCAAUAAGGGCUACCUCGAUGAGGACGAUGAUGAUGAUCGGAUCCCGACCUACGAUGAAGUGGUCCAGGACGACGUGGAGGACUCUGAGGAGGAAGGGGAGACUUUCUUAGAGCGGCAGGAGGACUUUGAGAGAAACUACAACUUCCGCUUUGAGGAGCCGGACGCUCAGCAGAUCAAGACGUACCCCCGAAACAUCGCCACGUCCGUGCGCGCCAAAGACGACCGCAGGAAACGCAAAAGAGAAGAAGUGAAACAACGGAAGGAAAAGGAGAAAGAGCAGAAGCGCGAGCAGCUGAAGCAGCUCAAGAACUUGAAGAGAAACGAGAUCAUGGACAAGCUGAAGAUGCUGCAGGAGCUGACCGGAAACGAGCAGCUGGCCUUCAGUCAGAUCGACCUCGAGGGAGAAUUUGAUCCACAACAGCACGACCAGCUCAUGCAGAAAUUCUUCGGAGACGAGUACUACGGAGAAGAAGAAGGGGAGAAACCUCAGUUUGACGACGACGAUGAUGAAUUUGAGGAGCACUGGAACUGGGACACGUGGACCGGCGAGGAUCGAGAGGACGACUAUGGUGAAGAAGAGAAUGAUGGCGAGGAGUACGACGCCUCCGAGCCCCACUGUGACGAUGAAAACUUCAUUAUGGACGCAGACUACGACCCCACCCAGCAGACCGCCUCUAAGAAGAAGAAGAUUAAAGAGAGGAAGAAGAUGAAGAAAGAGGAUCUGCCACAGAUGGGCAAAAGGAAGAAAAAGUCUCACUUUGCAGAAGUUAUAACCAAACACAAGCCUGUGUUUGAUCCACAGGAGAAAACCUUCGAGCAGUACCUGGAUGAGUACUACAAGCUGGACUACGAGGACGUCAUCGGCGACCUCCCCUGCAGGUUCCGCUACAGACAGGUCCUGGCCAACGACUUCGGCCUGACGACUGAUGAGAUUUUGAAUGCGGACGACAAAGAGCUGAACCAGUGGUGCUCUCUGAAGAAGACGUGCAUGUUCAGGUCUGAGAAAGAGGAGAUGAGCGAUCUGAAAAACUAUAAAAUUAAAGCCAAGAAUGAAAAGAAAAAGAAAGAAGUCCUGAGUUCUGUUUAUUCUGAGGAGGACAGAGAGCUGACGGAGGCUAAGACCAAAGUGGGGAAGAAGCGAAGAGAUCGCAUGAAGGACGCUGAGACGAGAGACGGAGCAGCAGAGGACGGAGACGCCGUCGUGGACUCUGCAGACGAGAAACUCGCUCAGGCGCUCAGGGAGGCGGCGGUCGAAGAAGAGGACGAGGAGGACGAGGUCCUGAUCCCCAAGAAAAAAGAUAAACGUGAAGAGCAGCCGCAGACGGAGCUCUCCGCUGCGGAAGCAGCAGGUGAAUCUGACGAGGUGAAAACCAGAACUGAACGGCCAAAAUGGUCCAAGAAGAAGCACAAGCGCGCCGGCGGACGCCUGGCAUCGGGAAGCCACGGCGUGAAAAUCGGCGGGCGGGAGUUCAGCAGACAGAGACUGAAGGCGUACGGUCUGAACCCCAAGAGACUGUUCUUCAGACAGCUCGGCAGGCAGAGACGGAAAGAGCAGGUGAAGAAAGAGAAGCAGAAGAAAAAGGAGUGAGACGCCGACACGAUUACAGUCUAUUAUUACGGUCUAAAAAUUAAACUCACUUUCAAACACUCUGAGUGCUUUACGGCCUCAAAUUUACAAUUAUUAUUUUGGGGAAAAAAAUGUGAAUUUAAAAUUUUUACAUGUAAUUGUUAAUUUGUUUAACAAUUGAGAUUAUUAGUUUGAUAAAAUAAAUCUAUUUCUCUAGCUACACUCAUAUUUGUAUUUCACAAACUUGAGAUGGCAUAUUAGGGCCACUGUAUAAAAAAAAACAGGGCAAUAUUAAGAAAUUAAUGUUGCAAAUUUGCAAGAAAAAAAGUCUGGUUCUUUGUUUUAUAUAUCUCAAAGUUUUUAGAAAAAUAUGUAUAUUUUUUGUGGGGUCAAAGUACAACAUUUUAGGGCUUUU